AUGGACAUCAAGUACCUCCGCAAAACCACUUACCUCCGAGGUCAGCCGAUCAGCGGACACCACAACUAUCAGUUCGCCUACCGCCAGUUCGAAUAUGGGUUGGCGAGCUUCUUCUUGCCCAACAAGCCGUUGACUUACCUCAUUGCACGGGAAAAUGUGGACUUCGAUCCACCUAUCGAGUCCAUCCUCCAGCAAGGUCAAGAGGAAGAUGAGUAUGGCCAUCCGAGAGCCGCUGAGCCUGAUGAAGAGAGUUCAGGAGAUGAUGAGGUCCCUGAGGAGUAA